CAUGCAACUAAAUUCUAAGAAAUUUUCUGCGUUCUUAUCGCAGACCUAAUUUCAUUACCACCGCAUAGUCUUACCGAAAGGAAUGAAAACACUUGGCGCUAUUUAAGGACCUAAAAUCUCCGAGCAUCUUGAAGACACCAGGAAAAAAACGAUAUCUCCGAAUGGCGAAAAAUGAUGAAAAAAUCGAGUCAUCCAAGUUUUCGAAUCACAUUUACAAAUCCCAAAUCUACACCCACUAUUCGCGUGUCGCACGUGCGUGUCGUCCGCGAAUCACGCGACUAGCGAAAGCGUAUAUAUGCAGAGAUGGAGAGAGAGUGUAAGUCGCGUAUAAAGAUCGCGGCGAAGCCAACCUCGCGGCGUAUCCUCGUGGAAUCGGCGAAGCUAUUGAUUCCUCGCUGCGACACUGGUCGUCCAAAGUCAUCGAUCGCCCCUUAAAUCUUCGCGUGGGCGAGAAAUCUGUCGAGGGGGUUUGUUCGCGAUCGUCCGCGGUGCGGAUCGCCUUGGUAACCGGCUGUGCAAACACUACGUCGACGAGCAUCGUCGGGAAAGCCGUGUUCACCAGUCACCGACAGCUCAUCCCUAUGGAUGGUGUUACCCUGAUGCGACGACGAUCGCGAUUGUCCGAUCGAAAUGAUCGGUAUAGUAUCUGUUCGGUAUCGUCCGGCAUGUAGAAGCUGACGACGACGACGGAAGUGCGAUUCUAUCGGGAACAAGUGCUUUAAAUCGCAGCAUGAACGUAAGAAAUUCUUGGAUCCUUCAUUUGUUGAUCAUCCUCGCCCUCUUGCAAAAAGGAUGGGCCAUCGACUGCUUCAAGUGCGUCUCGAUCGAUGGCGACAACAAACCUUGCGAUGACCCAUUUCACAACAAUGGCAGCCUCUCUUUCUUAGAGUCGCCCUGUCUCGGGGGUCGAAAAGGCCGGGAUGGCCUCUUUCCCGCGACAGCCUGCAUCAAGAUCGCCGGCAUAUACGAUGAAUCCGGUGUAUCUCUCAUGGUGAGGACCUGCGCGUUAGACAGCGGAACUUUGACGACCGACUCCGAGAUUAUCAGAAUGUCCCACUGCGGUGGUUUUUACUUUGACGACAAAUACGUUCGCGGAUGUGUGCAAUCUUGCAGCGAUGCAGAUGCAUGCAACGGAUCGUCGAAGAAUUUUGCACCACUGGUUGCCUUAAUGUUGCCGAUCCUCGCGAUAUUCGUGUAAUUUACAUCGUUCUAUCUUGCAGAAAUAAAAAAUUCGCGAAUACGAGUCAUCAUGUCAGGAACGGAACAGUUCGGACGUAAGAAAAUAUGGCUUUAAAAGAUUACGGCAGCAAACGUUGUAGUAAUUAUAUCAAUGUACGAUCAUAAUUAAUAUAAUGAUCUUUCAUUAAGUCUUACGAUACACAAAACAGAUACAUGUCCCAGCAAACACAAUAUAUAAAUGUUAUAUACUUAAGCAU